ACUGACGAAUGUCUCAAUCGUCCGGCUCAAGAAAGGGGGCAAACGAUUCGAGAAACGGACAUUGACGACGUUGUCCAAGUCAACAAUGUCUUCGUCAAUGUAUCGAAAGGCGAAGUUGCUAGGUCAGAAGAUCUCAAGAAAGCAUUUGGAAAGCUCAGCACCGAUGACAUUGUAAAGGAGAUUCUUCAACGAGGAGAAAUUCAAGUUGGUGAGAAAGAGAGGGAGCAUGAACUAUCGAACCUCUGGAAGGAAAUCGCGACUUUGAUUUCAGAGAGAUGUGUAGACCCCGAAACUCAAGGGCCUAUUCCUGUCGGAAUGAUUGAAAAGGCUAUGCAUGAAGCAGGAUUUAGCGUAAAGCAGGGUAAGACAGCCAAAAGCCAGACUGGAGAAUGCAUUCGUUUGAUUCAGACCAACUCAAAGCUACCCAUCCAGCGCGCUCGCAUGCGGAUAAAGGUAGUGAUUGCCAAUGAGCAAAGCGAAACUGUGCGCGAGGAAACACUCCUCAUCGACCCUUCUCAAUUUAAGGUGCUCAAUGAACUGAUUCAAAAGAAAGCAGAUGGGAAGGUGCAUGAUUUCACCCCUUUCUUCUGUAAUCUCAAGUCACCCAAGCCAGCUAUCUUAUGUCUCAAUUCUUCUGCACAAUCUGAAUGA